AUGAUCGCGACCGUAGCGUUGGGACUGCUUCAAGCGGCGGCAAUGGCCGUGGUGACGGCGGCUGCGACUUCCGGCGAGUUCCGGUUGACCGUCCUGCACACCAACGACCUGCAUUCGCACUACGACGAGACGUGCCGCGACGGGCCGGGGCGGCCGUGCGGCGCGGCCGGCGCCUACGGCGGUUUCGCCCGGUUGCGCGGCGCGCUGGACGCCGAACGCGCCGGGGCGGCCGCGGCCGUCCACCUGAACGCCGGCGACACGUUCCAAGGCACGCGGUUUUACGACGUGCUCGGCUGGCAGCCAGCCGCCGAUCUGAUGGGUGACCUCGGUGUGGAUGUCAUGUGUUUAGGAAAUCACGAAUUCCAUGACGGUCCAGAAGGACUGGCGCCGUUCCUUAAGUCCAAAAACAUAAGUUCUAUACCAAUAGUCGUGGCAAAUAUAAAUACCGAAGACGAACCGAGCUUAACUAAUAUUAAGCCGUCUACAGUCCUGACGAUCGGAGGGCACACCAUAGGCGUGAUCGGUUACUUGACUCCGGACACGAAAUUUACAAAUAAAGUAGGCAGAGUUCGCAUAACCGACGAAAUUCAGAGUGUCAGGACUGAAGUUGCCAAGUUAAAAAACGCCGGAGUGGAGUUCAUAAUAGCUCUCGGGCAUUCGGGUCUCGAAAUAGACAGGCGGGUGGCUAGAGAAGUGGAUGGUGUAGACGCAGUCGUCGGAGGACAUUCGCAUUCGUAUCUGAUCAGUGGACCACCGCAGGACAACGAAACACCGGCGGGCCCAUACCCUAUUAUCGAAAAAAGAGGUGAACGAAUUGUGCCCGUGGUGCAAGCAUACGCAAAUUCCAAAUACUUGGGGAAAUUGGUUUUAACUUUCGACAGUGAAAAGCGUUUAAUCAGUGCCGUCGGUGAGCCAAUUUUACUGGACGAAACCGUUCCUCAGGAUUCUAAAAUGUUGGAAAAAGUCAAAUACUACAAAAGAUUAAUGGCGGAAAAAUUUGUUGAUAAAGCCGUCGGAAACACGCGAGUAUUUUUGGACGGCGACUGCAAAUGCGUGGAAACCAAUUUGGCCGAUUUGAUCGUUGAUUCUUUUAUACGCAUAAAUUUGAACAAGUUGUUAAAAGACAAUGUAUCCUUAAGUGGUUGGACCGAUGCCGCUGUAGCGAUUACUAUAAGUAGUUCUAUUCAUAGUUCAAUAAAUGCUUCAAAAACACAAGGUAUUAUAUAUGAAACUGACAUUAAAAAUGCAUUGCCAUACAGUGCUCCUCUAUGUAAGGUGACUAUUACUGGAACAACGCUGUUAAAAGCACUAGAACAUAGUGCAUCCAUGUAUGAUUAUCAUAAAUGUGCAUUUCCUGAACAUAAUAUAUACGGAGGUUUCAUGCAAAUGUCAGGAAUGUACGUCACUUAUAACAUUAAAAAUGCCGUGGGUUCACGAGUACGGUCUGUGAUGAUUCGGUGCUCAGAAUGUAAUUUGCCAUCUUACGAGCCGAUCGCUCUAGAAAAAAAUUAUACGAUAAUUAUGCCUAAUUACAUAGCACAAGGUGGAGAUCAGUAUACGAUGAUCAGGGAUGAACUAAUUAGUUUUAAAUUUUUAAAUAUCACAGAAACAGAGGCUUUCUUAACGUAUGUCAAAGAAAUCAAUCCAAUUUAUGCUGGAUUAGAUAACAGAAUCAAAGUAUUGAAUCAUAAAUGAAGAGGAUUGCAUAAUAUAUAAUAUAAUAUAAUAAUAAUAAAUAGUAAAUUUAUCGUUUCGACUUAUUGCGUUUGCUCCGUCAAGUUUUCAUUUUUAGUAUUAUAUAUUUAUUUAAAUCGAUUUUUUUCAGUGAA